AUGUUUGACGAGCACGAAUUAUUGGAUAAAUUAUGCCUCUCACUUGCUGAACAGUACCUAAACCGUCAAUCCUUUUACGCAAACAAUAAAUACACUGAGCAGCUACCCCAGAAUAACGCACAGGCCUAUCGUCAGAAGAUCCACCAGCUUGCCAGUGAAUCGAAGCAAUUUGAAGGCGCCCUAACUCGUUGGAAUGCUGAAAACCAAAAAGAACGGCGGCGUCCAGGAUCUGGUGGGAAGCAAUUUGGACAUGCGCUGCAAGGCCAUACCCAAGCAGAUAUUCCGGAGUUUACUAUGGAAGAAGAGCUGUCCUGGAGGGAACAUCAAAUCCGGGAAGCAAUUCAGAAUUUUCAACAACAGGACACCAACAAAGAAGUAGCCAUGGCUGAGCUGAAUUCUCGAAAUCAGCGGCAACAAUUACAGUUAUCACAGCUGAGCUAUGGAAUGGAAAACCGCCGCCGCGUUCAGGAGCAUCUAGAACGUCUCGUUGUAAAUCUACGCAAUGAGAUCCAACAUCUCUUGGUGGAAAAAGAACGAUAUUCGAUAGCAAACGAACGGACAGAUAUGAUGCUGAAUGAAAUACAACUGCAAAAAGAGAUAAAUCGGGUCAUGUGGGACGAGUUUAUCAAGCUUGAAUCCGAACGGGAUACCCUCCAAAAUACCCUGAUGCAAUGCAGCGAACAGCUGAGCCGGAUCAAUAUGGAAAAAAUGCGGAACCUUGAAAAGGAAUUAACGAAGCUGGAGGCAGAGUAUACGAAUAAA